AUGGAGCAGUCGCUGCAGGAACAAGCGGAGAGCUUGGAGGAGCUCUGGAAGGGAAGGAGCACAGAAGCAGGAAGAGGACGGGCAGGCAAUGGAGAGCUGGAGGUCAGGAUAGUACACCCGCAGCAGGGGCAGCAUGUGGUGUGUGACAGCCCCCAGUGUGUGGUCGAGCUGGAGUUGCAAGUGAAGGGGAGGAAGGGGAAUAAGCGGGAGCAAGCAGCAGCUGUGCUGAUGAUCAACGGGCAGCAGGCAGCCGAGCUGCAGGUGGCUGAGGAGGCGACGAAGACGCGGGUGGUUGACCUGAGCAUCGGAUGGCAUACCAUCGAGGUGCAUGCUCGUGCCGGCGGCAUGGUGGCCGCGCAUGCCGCGUCCUUCCGUCUGGUGUAUCUGCUCGUGAACUCUUACUCGGGGGAGAUUUCCUUCGGAGGGCGGGGCAAAGCUCGGGUGGUGGACCGGGAGGAGACGAAGGAGGUUGUGGUAGAGUGUCUCCUCGUGCACGAGGACGGGGGUGAGAGGGUAGAGGAGCACGUGGACUUUGCGCUCUCCUCGCGCUCCCCCUCCUCCCUCAGCUCGGCAGCAGCUCAAGUGGCAGAGCUCUUUGAGCUGGGGAGGAUUGAAAUGCUGCAGGUCUACCAGGGUAUCGACUCCUUCCUCUUCCUCCGCGAGCGCCUCAAGCUCGAUGCCAUGCGCCCGCUCGUGCCCCCCAAGCCCUACAGGAAGCGCUGGGCGGUGAUGUCGGCGGACAGCAACUCGGAGUACGCCUUCAUCCUCCCCCUCGCAGCCCUCGUAUGGGACAAGCUCAUGCGCUUCCAGCCCCUCGUCCUCCUCAUCGGCAAGUCGUGGGAGCAGCCCCUGCCUGAGAGCCGACAGGAGGUCGUGCUGGACAUGCUGAGAAAGAUGAAAUUCCGCGUAGAGGUCGUUCCCUCCUCCUCCUCCAUCAACACAGCCGCCAUCGCCCAGGUGGGAAGGCUGUAUGCGUGCCUGGUGGAGGGGAUUAAGGACGACGACUACCUGCUGACGAGCGAUGCUGAUCUGAUCCCUGUGUCUGCUUUGCACUUCGACUCCGAGAGGGACUGGAACAAGAAGCUGCACCUGUACAACCCUUUCUGCUGCGCUCCUCUCCUGCUUCCCGAGGAGGGUCUUGCUUCUGCCCCCGACCACAUUGAUCAAGUGCGACUGGGAGCCCCUGCGCUGUCUCGGUAUGGGGAGCAGGCGUCGAGGCCGAUCACCGGCUUCUGCAUCUUCCCAUCUCUUACGCCGGGGCCGAAGCUCAAGUCUGGCGAGAGGUACACUGGGGAGGGUGGAGGAGAGAGGAAGGAGCUGAUGAAUCUCCCUCGGAGUGAGGAAGAAGCUCUUCGAGCUUCUGGGAUAGACAACAUCCUGCAGAUGGCGGUGGAGAACCGAAUCAUUCACGACUUGGGGGAGGAGAAGGCGAGGCGAAAUGUGGCGUCGAAUCUCAAGCACGCGGACCUUGAGAUGUGGCACCUCGAUCAGCGAUUGUGGAGUUCUAAGGUUGGAGCAUGGCAGCAUUUCCCAGGUGACGUCGAGCUCAUUCCCCGACACGGCUCUCGAGAUCGAAUCGACAGAAUGCACUGGGAGAUUCCAAACUCCUUGGAGGGCUUCAUAGACGCCCACCUUCCUCAACCAGGCUACGACGAGGUCAACUGGCCGCAAGUCCGUCCUCUCCUCGAGAAGCUUCUCCGUCCUCUGCCGGACGGGGAGCGUCUGCUGGGGCUAGUAGACGCGUAUCAUGACCGCUAUAUGCUGGCGUUCCAAGAGGAGGAAGGUGCGUUCAUGCGGGAGAGAAGCUAG